CGGAAGGUUCUUUUCCAGCAUGUGUGCCGAAAGGCGACCAAAUAGCCGGCAAUCCAUUAGGAUAUGGAUCGCCUGAUAUACAAUCUUUAUCAAAGAUUGGGCUUAAAAGAGAAUUGUCAGAUGAUGAAGAUACUCCAAUGACAGAAGGGACGACUCAACCAGUCGAACAGUCGACAAAAMGAAAGCGUAAGAAACGAAAAACGACUAGUUCACAACAAGACAAGAACGCUUUGAUGUUUCUGAAUGAACGAMGACCCGAUCUAGAAUUUGUUACGUCAUCCCAGCAAGGCCCACCACAUGCCCCAACCUUCAUAGUAGCUGUUAAUGUCGAUGGUCAAGUGUUUGAAGGCUCAGGAACCAGUAAACAAAAAGCUAAGCAUAAUGCUGCUGAAAARAUCAUCCUCACUCUCUACCAGACCGARUUUAUACCUACUGAAACACAUGACAACAUGCAGCUUGAUCCCUCAGUGGUUCAUGURAAGGUAGAUGCGUCCUCAGAACAAGGGACCAAGUCAAUCUCCAAGCCUCCAGUCAUGCUGUUAAAUGAGGUGCACAUUGGUAAACUUGACUACCAGUUUGGAGAGGAUCACAGCAAACCAGAACCUUUUAUAUGCUGYGUAGUAGUCGAUGGAAAACAGUUCAUAGGAGCUGGUGUUAGCAAGAAAAAAGCCAAGAUGGCAGUGGCUGUGAAAGUACUAGAAGAAGUUUAUGGUUUUACAAGUAUGGAACAUAAUGGAACAGAAUCUGUUGAACWGCAGCAGAAUAAGUAUGAAAUCUCAGAGGAAGAUAAAUCCAAACAGCCUGUCAUGUUAUUGAAUGAGAAGUUCGAAGGUAAGCUUGAUUACCAGUUUGAAAUUGAUCAAAGUCAACAAGAACCGUUCAUCUGUACAGUAGAGGUACAAGGACGAGAGUUUACUGCUGUGGGAUUGAGUAAGAAAAAGGCCAAAAUAGUUGUUGCAUCCAAAGUACUAGAAGAGAUCUAUGGAGUAACUAGCCUAUAUGCAGGGCCUCAAACACCAACAUCAAAGACAUCGAAUUUAGUAAUAGUCCCUCCUCCUCCAGAAUCACUUCUUCCUCAAAAAAUGGCAGACACAAUUGCACAAAUGACUUUGAAUAAAUUCAGAGAGCUGUCUUCAAAGGAUCUUCGUCGUAAGGURCUUGCUGGUAUAGUGAUGACGAGAAAACAUGACAAUGAAGAGUAUGAAUAUGAGGUUAUCAGUAUUGGCACUGGAACCAAACUCAUUGGUGGCGAGUACAUCAGUGAUAAAGGUUAUGCCGUGAAUGAUUGCCACGGGGARAUUAUUUCUAGAAGAGGCUUGAGAAGGUUUCUUUUUUCUCAACUGGAAGCRUACACACAAGGAAAAACCGACUCCUCAAUCCUAGAGAUGAAAGAAUCAGGACUUUUUGGACUGAAAAAUGGGAUUGAUUUUCAUUUGUAYGUGAGUACGUCACCUUGUGGAGAUGCUAGAGUAUUCUCACCACAUGAAAGUGAGGCUGGAGAAGUAGACAAGCAUGCCGCUAGAAAGAAAAGAGGUCUAUUAAGAGUUAAGCUUGAAAAUGGAGAAGGAACGAUACCAGUUGCCAACUUUGACAAUCAGGUGCAAACCUGGGAUGGCGUGCUUGGUAGUGAAAAGCUUCGUACAAUGUCUUGUAGUGACAAGGUUAGCAAGUGGAACAUUCUUGGUCUUCAAGGAGCUUUACUCAGCCAUUUUAUUGAGCCUGUUUAUCUAAAGUCAAUUACAYUAGGAAGUUUUUACAGAUACGACCAUAUGUCAAGGGCCAUGUAUGCACGUCUUGGCAGUAUACCUGAUUUACCAGCAGUCUACAAGCAAAAUAAACCAUUGAUGAGCAGUAUCUCAUUCCCUGAACCUCGCCAGCCUGGCAAGGCACCUAAGAAUAGUGUGAACUGGACCAUUGGAGAUGAUGCUCUUGARAACUUAAGCACUUUGACAGGUAAACUGAUAGAAACCAAUCAACCUUCACGUUUAUGCAAACAAGCAAUGUUUGCUAAGUUUUGUGUUUUAUGGCGGAGUUUGAAGUCAAAGGAAAGUCAACCUGCAACUUAUCAUGAUGCCAAAGUAUCCUGUCAUAGCUACCAGCAAGCAAAAGAGCUGAUGGUGAAUGCCUUUGAUAGAAAUGGUUUAGGAGUCUGGUUGAAAAAACCUCUCGAACAAGACUGGUUUAACUUGAUUGGUUCAUCUUAGACCACAAGAAACAAACUGUUUUCAACGUUACUGUAUUCCUUAGUUUGUGAUAAUGAUAUGAAUAUACAACAAGUCGAAAAAUAUGCUGCUUUAUGCCGUGAGAAAAUUAUCAUAAAAAUUAGUUUAUAUCGUGCUAGGUCUUUUUAUUUCCAUCUAUAUUUUCACGUUGUGACAUAUUUGAAUUGCAACAUACUUGCAUGGUAUUACUAUCGAUGCAAGUUAUUUUAAAGUUAAAAUGGAGCAAUUUAUGCUCUUUUUUUGUCUUAUUUUUUUUCCCUCGAGCUAUGAAUUUUAAGUGAUGUUUAUUAAAUGAGAGACUCCAACAGUGAACUACAGUAACAUGCAUGCAUUGUAUAUAUCCAUCCAUUUCACCGUUGUCAUCCAUACAUCUGGACUGAUGAAAUUGAAUUUAUCAAUGUUUUAUAUUAGUAAAUACAAGUUCUUAUAUYUUGUGUAAAAAGAUUUGUUCUUAUAUCUUGACUUUGUUUGAUAUGUCGUGCUGCAGUAUCCUUUGAAGGAACAUAGAUUUUUACGUCAGGCUGAGUACAUAUAGGUAAUGUUUUUUGCAACGAGGGUAAGACAUGAAAAAAUAUCGUGAAAUUAUUGCCUAAGUAACUACUUGYCCUUCAUAAMACCGAAUAAUAAACUCAAACRCRUACGUCAAA